GCUAAGCAUAACUAAUCUAACAUUUGUAUAAAAAUGAAGUCAAUCAUACAUAUUUUAUUAUUUUUAGUUUAUUUUAACAGCAUUAGCUGUUCAACUUACACCAAUGUAUCAAGCGGUAAUUUACCAUUUGCAUACGAGCCAUCCGUUUGGCACGGUGUUUUCGAAAAAAUUCUAGAACAAAGGCAAUACCUUCCAAUCGCGUACAAUGAACGAGAAAUUUCGGACGGAAAUAAUGCAGCGAAAUGCCUCCUUUGUGAUGCUGUUGUAACGGCUGUAUUGUCCGAAAGGUCUUUCGACAUGACUAAAAUCCAACUCGAAAGCCAAAUUGAAUUUUUUUGUUCAGAUCUGUUGCAUAUUGAAGAUGAAGAAGUUUGCAGAGGACUUAUAAGUAUACACAUUGACCCUAUUUUGUACAUAAUCGAUCAGAAGAAAACUGAUUUGACUAGUACAGAAGUUUGCAGUUUGUUGCUGGGAUGUAAGUUGGGUAGUGAGGUUUUCGAAUGGAAAAUAGACGUACCAAAGGGAAAAACUGUUGAUAAAGUCGAGUCUACUGGUAAAGACAUCUUUAAAAUUGCACACAUUACUGACAUCCACUACGAUCCAGAUUAUUCGGAAGGACAGGUAGCAGACUGCAAGGAGCCAUUAUGCUGCCAAACGGAACAACCCAAAGCAAAUCCUAACGAAGCAGCUUGUGGGUACUGGGGCUACGGGCAAAGCGCUGACGUGCCUGAAAGAUUGCUUGUUGCAUCAUUAGACAAAAUGGCGGAAAUGGACUUCGAUUUUAUAUAUUUAACUGGCGAUUUGAUUGCACACCGAGUCUGGAAAACCAGCCAGGAUUUUAACAAAAGAACAAUUUCUUACGUUUUGGAUUUGUUCGCUGAAAAAUUCAAACAGAAAGUUUAUCCCAUACUCGGAAACCACGAGGCUCAUCCAGUAAACAUGUACACUCCAUUAAAUAUAACAGAUGCUAGCAUAAAUCAACAGUGGUUAUUCGACGUCCUUUACGAGAAAUCCUUAAAAUGGAUAGACGAUGAAGAAGCAAGGAAGACAAUCAAAAAAGGAGGAUAUUACACAGUUACACCCAAGAAAGGAUUCAGAUUAAUUGUUUUGAAUAACAACGUUUGUCAAACUAGCAAUUGGUGGAAUUUAUACGACAAUUACGAUCCAUAUGGACAACUAAAAUGGUUGGUGGAUGUUUUAACUCUAGCCGAGGAUAGUCGGGAAGUAGUACACAUCUUGUCUCACAUACCAAGCUCACAUUGUUUGGAAGUUUGGAGUCGCGAAUACAACAGGAUUAUUGAGAGGUUUGCAAAUACGAUAGCAGCUCAAUUUAACGGCCAUACACAUAGGGACCAAUUUUCUAUUUACUACGAUAGUAAAAACGUGUCUAAUAAUAUUGUAAUUAACGGUGCUUCGUUGACACCUGACAGGGCCAAUCCAAAUUUUAAAAUCUACACAGUCGAUUCGAAAGGAUUUGAUAUAAUGGACUCUGAGCUGUUUACUUUUGAUCUGGACAAGGCAAAUAGUAAUAAAAAAAUCGACUGGCAACAGUAUUCGUUUCAAAAAGAAUUUGGAGUGGCAAAAUUGACACCUAGCGAGUUGGAUCAGCUCGUGAGGACCAUGAUAACGGAUAUUGAAAAUAAAAAUACUACUUUAAUUGAUAAAUAUCACAAAUUUUACUACAGAAACAGCGCAACUGGACAAAGCACGUGCGAUGAAAGUUGCCAAAACAGAUACCUGUGUGAAAUACUAACCAGUGUUGCUCACAAAACAACAAUGUGUGAAAAAUAUAAUGUACAAAUUUAAUUAAAUAUCAUUAUUCUGAAGAGAUUCCUUUGUAAU